UUUGUUUCAAGGUCUCUGCCUCUCCCAGCUUCAAGUUAGGUUUCAAGGUACUUACAGCUGCUCUUGACAUUCUAAGUCAGAAUAAGCCAAUUUCAGAUGUCGCUGCCGCUGCAACUUUAAGAAGGAACUAAGUGGUGAAGCUGGAUGGAACCCAGGCCUCUCCCACAGUGUCGGAAAGAGACCACUAAGAAGAUGUGUUCCUGUUCGGAGGUGAAACCAUGAAGAGAAAAUAGAGCAAAUAAUAAUGCUUUUCCGCAGUCGCUUCUUGCUGCUGCUGGCCCUGGCUGCCGUGCUGGCCUUCGUGAGCCUCAGCCUGCAGUUCUUCCACCUGACCCCAGUGUCCACAGCUAAAAAUGGAGUGAGUAGCAAGAGUCGAAAGAGAGUCAUGCCUGAGCCGGUGACUGAGCCCCCCGUGACGGACCCCAUUUACGAAGCUCUCUUGUACUGCAACAUUCCCAGCGUGGCUGAGCGCAGCAUGGAAGGUCACGCUCCACAUCAUUUUAAGCUGGUCUCGGUGCAUGUGUUCAUUCGACAUGGGGACAGGUACCCACUGUAUGUCAUUCCCAAAACCAAGCGACCAGAAAUUGACUGCACUCUGGUGGCCAACAGGAAACCGUAUCACCCGAAACUGGAAGCUUUCGUUAGUCACAUGUCGAAAGGAUCUGGAGCCUCUUUCGAAAGCCCCUUACACUCCCUGCCUCUUUACCCCAAUCAUCCACUGUGUGAGAUGGGAGAGCUCACUCAGACAGGAGUUGUGCAGCAUUUGCAGAACGGCCAGCUGCUGAGGGACAUCUAUCUAAAGAAACACAAACUCCUGCCGAGUGACUGGUCCCCAGACCACCUCUACUUGGAGACCACUGGGAAAAGCCGGACCCUACAAAGUGGGCUGGCCUUGCUUUAUGGCUUUCUCCCAGAUUUUGACUGGAAGAGGAUUCAUUUCAGGCAUCAGCCAAGCGCUCUGUUCUGCUCCGGAAACUGCUAUUGCCCCAUGAGAAACCAGUACCUGGAAAAGGAGCAGCGUCGGCAGUACCUCUUACGUCUGAAAAACAGCCAGCUGGAGAGGACCUACGAGGACAUGGCCAGGAUCGUGGACGUCCCCACCAAGCAACUUCGCGCUGCCAACCCCAUAGACUCCAUGCUGUGCCGCUUCUGCCACAACGUCAGCUUCCCAUGCACGAGGAACGGCUGUAUCGACAUGGAGCACUUCAAGGUGAUCAAGACGCAUCAGAUAGAGGAUGAGAGAGAGAGGCGGGAGAAGAAGCUCUAUUUGGGCUAUGCGCUCCUGGGCGCCCACCCCAUCCUGAACCAGACUGUCAACCGGAUGCAGCGUGCCGCGGAGGGCAGGAGAGAGGAGGUCUUUGCCCUCUACUCUGCUCAUGAUGUCACUCUGUCACCGGUUCUUAGCGCCUUGGGCCUGAUGGAAGCCAGAUUCCCAAGGUUUGCAGCUAGGUUGAUCUUGGAGCUCUGGCAAGACCGAGAAAAGCCAAGUGAGCAUUCUGUCCGGAUUCUUUAUAAUGGCGUCGAUGUCACAUUCCACACCUCUUUUUGCCAGGACCACCACAAGCAUUCCUCCAAGCCCAUGUGCCCCCUCGAAAACUUAGUCCGCUUUGUCAAGCGGGACAUGUUUGUGGCCCUGGGGAGUAGCGGUAGUACUAAUUAUUACGACGCAUGUCACAGGGAAGGAUUCUAGAAGGGAGGCAGUGCAGGGCUGAUAGAAUCUAUGCCAAUACAGAGGGAUGGGAAGGGUCCACUUCUAGAUCUGUCCAUUGUCAAGGGUAUAAGACUAUUGAUUUAUAAAGGCUAGAAAUCAUGUUUGAGCCAUGUGGAUGAUUGGGUUGAACGGGAAGCACAUUGCUAUAAUUGGGUUCGUGGGUUACUUGGUACAUCACGGCCAGUUCAUAGAAAGAGGAAGGUACUUCCGUCGUAGCCUGACUUUGCUCAUGAUGCCACAGGGUAUGUCAAUACCCAGAGCUGCCAGUCCAUAUGUGUAGUAUUUCGAUCUGCAGGGGUAGCAUAUGAUGGAACCAGCAAACCUCAACCAAAAUUUUCUUCAUUUGGGGUGGUUUUGCCUUGUUCCUGUUCAGCAAAACCAUUCCCAAAGUGAUUUAUCUAUAAAUAGGGGUUGGUACAUUUUUCCCGUACAGGGCCCCAUAGUAAAGACUGUGGACUCUGGGGUCCCAGAGGCCACAUACAGUCAUGUGACGUGAAAGCAACCAUAGACAGCAUGGAAACAAACGAGUGUGGCUAUAUUCACAGCCCGAGUUUGCUGACCCCUAGCUCAGAACACAGGCUCAGCUACAUUUGCACUUCCAGCACUUUGAGAACCAGUUGAGUACAAAAAAUUAUUCAGUGGUGCCUCCAAGAACUUCUGCGAGAAACACCGAAUUUGCUCUGUAGCUGGUGUGAUAACAAAACUUGAGGGGAAAUAAAAUCAGAAUGAAUCGUAGAAAAAUUAUUAGAAUAAUACUUGAUGUUCACGAUGAUUAUGGUAGUUAUGUUUUAAAUAUCUGUCUGCUGUAGUCUAUUUGCUGUAUAGGCUGAAAUUUUUGUAUUCCAUUUAGUAUUUUUAUAGUCUAGGGAACUAUUUUCUAAGACCGGUUUUAGAUGUGCUCUUAGUCCUAGGUAAAAUUCAAUUUACCAUACCUGCUUGGUGGUUAGAAGGAAGCUAGAAGCUGAAUUCAGGCACUUUCUUCCAAUAAAACUAAUUAUGGCUUAUUCCCUCUGACAAGCUGUAGAAUUGGAUCAAUUUUUAAACCGUCUGCAUCAAUUUCAAAUGGUAAAUUCUAAUUGAUUUUUAAAUAAGCUUUUGGGAGAACUUUGUUAUAGAUAGCUAAAUAAUCUUUCUAAGAUAUUUUAUAUAUUAGAAGCAAUUGUAAUUAAAUCUGUGGUUUCUGAACUAAAAUGGUGCUAGUUCCAUGUGAAGAAAUGUAAAGUGCAAGUGAGAUUCUGAAGUGUCUUUGGUAUUCCAUACUUUCCUCUUUGUUUUUGUCUAAUGUUGCCUUUGGAUACGUCUGUUUCUAUAAAUAAAUUUUUGAAGAAUA